GGUCGAAGGUGUUAGCUAAAGCAUCAGCGAAGAGCCUAUCAUCAACCGACUUUGAAUUGGCGACCUCAUCUUUCCAGCGUGUAUCACACAUCGCCAUCUCAACAUCAAAAUGAUGUUCAAGGCUUAUCUAGUAGUGUGCUUCUUAGCAACAGCGGCGAACGCUCAGAGUAUUUUAGUAGUACGACUGGUUGAUGGAAGCGAUGCAAGCGAAGGCAGAGUUGAGGUUUAUAACAAUGGAACCUGGGGAACUGUCUGUGAUGACUCGUGGGAUGACACCGAUGCAGGAGUUGUCUGCCGAAGUCUCGGAUUCCAUUCCGGAACUCGGGUACUAGGAAGCCCUGCAUUCGGACAAGGUUCAGGGGAUAUCCUCCUGGAUGACGUAUCAUGUAAUGGAACCGAAACCAAUCUUGGUGAUUGUUCUAAUGCUGGUCUCGGUGUCCAUAACUGUGCGCACUUUGAGGAUGCUGGAGUACGCUGUUCAACAGGUGUUCGUCUCGUCGAUGGUACCAUGCUAGGAUCAGGUAGAGUUGAGGUACUUUACAAUGGAGAAUGGGGAACUGUCUGCAAUGACGGGUGGGACUUGACUGAUGCCAACGUAGUAUGUAGGUCCCUUGGACUGGGUGCCGCAAGAGUAGCUUUCUGGGCUGCUGUCUUUGGUGAAGGCACAGGAACCAUCGUUUUGGAUGACGUCUCUUGCUCUGGUGACGAAACGAGUAUCUUUGACUGUGGGAAUUCGGGUCUUGGAACCAACAACUGUGGUCAUUCAGAUGACGCAGGUGUAAUAUGUGAACACGGAGUACGACUGGUUGCUGGAAGCAAUGCAAGCGAAGGCAGAGUUGAGGUUUAUUACAAUGGAGCCUGGGGAACUGUCUGUGAUGACUCGUGGGAUGACACCGAUGCUAGAGUUGUGUGCCGAAGUCUUGGAUUCGAUUCUGGAACUGGGGUACUAGGAAGCCCUGCAUUCGGACAAGGUUCAGGGGAAAUUCUCCUGGAUGAUGUAUCAUGUACCGGAACCGAAACCAAUAUUGGUGAUUGUUCUAAUGCUGGUUUAGGCGUCCAUAACUGUGGGCACUUUGAAGAUGCCGGAGUCCGCUGUUUUGAGUUAAAUUUUGAAGAUGUUCGUCUCGUCGAUGGUUUUAUGCUAGGAUCAGGCAGAGUUGAGGUAUUUUACAAUGGAGAAUGGGGAACUGUCUGCGAUUACAGGUGGGACUGGUUUGAUGCCAACGUAGUAUGUAGGUCCCUUGGACUGGGUAGGGCAAUAGCAGCUUUCUGGGCUGCUUUCUUUGGUGAAGGCACAGGAACCAUCGUUUUGGAUGACGUCUCUUGCUCUGGUGACGAAACGAGUAUCUUUGACUGUGGGAGUGCGGGUCUUGGAACCAACAACUGUGGUCAUUCAGAAGACGCAGGUGUAGUAUGUGCAAACGGAGUACGACUGGUUGACGGAAGCGAUGCAAGCGAAGGCAGAGUUGAGGUUUAUAUCAAUGGAGCCUGGGGAACUGUCUGUGAUGACUCGUGGGAUGAUACCGAUGCUAGAGUUGUCUGCCGAACUCUUGGAUUCGAUUCUGGAACUGCGGUAGGCAACGCUGAAUUCGGACAAGGUUCAGGGGAUAUCCUCCUGGAUGACGUAUCAUGUACUGGGACCGAAACCGAUUUUAGACUUUGUUCGAAUGCUGGUUUCGGUGUCCAUAACUGUACGCACUUUGAGGAUGCUGGAGUACGCUGUUCAACAGUUUAUGUAGUACGACUGGUUGAUGGAAGCGAUGAAAGCGAAGGCAGAGUUGAGGUUUAUGCCCGUAACAAUGGAGCCUGGGGAACUGUCUGUGAUGACUCGUGGGAUGACACCGAUGCUAGAGUUGUCUGCCGACAUCUUGGAUUCGAUUCUGGAACUGGGGUAGGAAACGCUGAAUUCGGACAAGGUUCAGGGGAUAUCCUCCUGGAUGACGUAUCAUGUACUGGAACUGAAACCAAUCUUGGUGAUUGUUCUAAUGCUGGUUUCCGUGUCCAUAACUGUGUGCACUCUGAAGAUGCCGGAGUCUUUUGUUCCGGUCAGACAGUAUCAGCAGAAUUACGACUGGUUGAUGGAACCUGCAACAGCGAAGGCAGAGUUGAGAUUUUCUACGACGGAGUCUGGGGAACGAUUUGUGAUGACUUCUGGGAUGACACCGAUGCUGGAGUUGUCUGCCGAAGUCUUGGAUACAGCUCGGGAACUGCGGUAGGAAGCGCUGAAUUCGGACAAGGUUCAGGGGAUAUCAUAUUCGACAAUGUUGAGUGUUCCGCUGGAGAUACUGCUCUGGAGUAUUGUCGGAGCAAUGCUCCCUUCGAUAAUAACUGCUCGCACGCCGAAGAUGCCGGUGUCAGAUGCACUGAGUGAAGACGAUGCUGAGAAAACGUGUACACCUCGAGCGUUCCAGCGACCCGAUUAA